GGAAGGACGUCUCAAAGUUGAAUGUAGUUUCCCAUCUUUUACCACAGUCUCGGGUUAUUUUCCAUUCUCAGGCUUCUUGUUUUUGGGGCCUUUCCUACACAGAUUACCAAUAAUAAAGCCAAUACCUUUGCAGAAGACACCGAGAACGCCUGUAUCGACUCGACGCGUAAACAGGAUGUGAUGCCUCUAGUGCGUACGUUGGAAAAGCGACACCGACAAACGAAACAUAACGUCUAAUGUCUCCAGUUUUCCCGCAGGAUGGUGCUGCGCCUAACAAAGUCACUUAGGUCGUAUAUCAGUAAGUGACCGUAAAUGGAUGUCCAAAUCAUUGUGGGAGCCGCCCGCUCCACUUCCCUGAUUAGGCCCUAUGGCCGCGGGAAAAGCACUCCGAGCUGUCCACCUGUCAGCCGGAGCGCCCCGUUUCGUCCCUCGGAGGAGCAGCCAUCUUGCCUGCUUACCCUCGCGUCGCAUACCUCCCCCCCCCCCCCCCCGUGCCCCCCUCCCCCCCUUGCGGGGACACGUGAAACGUCCCCCUGGCGGUUGGACCUUCUUGGGUCCGAGGCUGAGGCCGCCAGCAGAGAGGAAGAGAGAGGGGGGCCUUGCGCCCCGCUCGAGGGGACUGCUCGCGGGGACAUCCAACUGUUCGGACGUGUGGCCCGGCCCUCCCUGACGGCCCACCUCCGAGCCGCUCUCAGGGAGGCACGACAAGGUGGGCUAUCUCCCGGGAUAUUACAGGUGGAGGAAGCUGUGCUUCGGAGACUGCGGGCUUGGGUGGCCAUUACACCGGCUGUAACCUGCACAUGGAGCUCUCCACCCGUCACACGACAGGCGACAUGCCCCAAGUGUCCCCUAGACGCGACGGAAGCGGAUGUGCAUCACCUUAUAUGGACUUGUCCUGGUCUACAGACUGAGCGCACUCGCCUACUUAUAGCUGCAGGUCUCCAACACAGUGCACCCACCAGCUACCAUAAGUGGCUGCAUAACAACCACUAUCACAAGACAUUGCUUCAAUUCAUCCAUACCACAGGCCUUGUAGCAUACAUAUAAGACAUUUAUGCCUAAAAGCAACCCCUACAUAAUAAAAAAAACUACUUUAUUACUAACCAACUAGCCCAACUUUCUACUUCAUUAUUAACUAGCGACCUAUUGCGUUGUCAUGUGAAUUGUCACGUCAUUGUUGAAUUGCUGUCGCUUGACACCUCCACUGACCAAGUUUUAACACGCACUAACAUAAAAAAGCCUAUCCUGAUAGAAUAGUCGUUUUUGAGUUUUCCUGUACAUCAAAGUGCUCAUCAUUAUUUCAUCAAGCACAUAAAGAUGCAAAAAAAUUUAGUGCAUUCUAGGUUAGCCAUAGUAGUAUUUGUAGACAAGUUCUUCUCUUCUACACGGGAGGGAGCCACCUCACCAAGAGAGAGCACGAGUAUCGCGCAAGCGGCUUGGGACCGUUGACCAAUGAGAGACACACACACGGCAAGCACUGUUACCUGCCAUGUCUAGGCAAGCUCGUCGAACUCGAACUCAGUUCUCGGUCUUCUCAGUUGUAUUAACUAAUCGU